AGUGAGAAGAGGCUUCAGUCGAGAUUGACUCAAAAAUAAAAACAGUAACAAACAUGGCCUACCUAUGACAUUUCAGAUUUCACUUUCUACAACUGCUGACUGGAAACAAGAAGUUAUCAAUCAACAGGAUCCAUAUUGGUUUUCAUCGUUAAGCAAGGAUCAUGGAGGAAUCCCAUACACCCAACACUCAUAGCCAUCAUAACAGUAAAGAACGGACAAGGAAAAGCCCACAUCCGAUUCCUGAAGUGAAAAUUCAGAUUGAUUGUUCUUCUCGUACGUCUUCCAGUCACAAUCACAGGGGUGCUUCUUCAGAUGGGACGUUGACAGAGAAUUCUUCCUCAGAAACACCUUGGAAUCGGGAAGCCAAAAGAACUAAGAUAUUUCACCCCAAGCCUCCCAGGAAGGCUAAGGAGUUGUACCCAGAAAGUUCGCACAGUUCCCACUCAUUCCUCACAGAUGUGGCUGAUAUGAGGUCCAUGGAGACGGCGCUGAUUCAACUAGUCAACGAUUUUCAUUCUGGGAAACUCCAAGCAUUCGGUCGUCACUGCAGUACUGAUCAAAUGGAAGCUAUUAGAGACCAGCAGGAGAAAUUGGCGAGAUUACACUUCGAACUUGGAGCGCAGCACGAUGUCAACGCCCAGCAGACGUCAGACAACAUGAAUGAACUCGUAUCUGCUUUGGAGCAUCUCUCCCAAACCAUUGAACAAUUACAUCCACACUCUAGCCAGAGCCAAAGUGAUUCAAACUAGCUUACCUCAUAGUUCUGCUGUACAGUUUCAAGAUCAUUUUCUAAAUUGAUAUUAUACAUUUCGGAUCCUUUUCCAUCA